AUGAAGCGCUCUCUCACGUCGGGAAGAUCAGCGUCGCCCACAAACACAACAUACUCGGGCAUCUCCAACUACCGCACAGAGUCGUACCGGCCCAUCAAGGACGCUGCGCCGCUCGACCCCCGCCUCAUCGCCCGCACCCACUUCGAGGAGCUGAACCGCUACCUCGCCUCCUACCUCGCCAAAGAGCCCGCAAACUCCCGCUCGACCGCCCGUCAGAAGCUCACCCGCCUCACCCGCCAGCAGUUCCAGGAGCUCUCCACCGACGUAUAUGAUGAGCUUGUCCGCCGCAAGAACAACGCGGACACCAACGACAUUCCCUUUCUCCCCGUCCGCGACGACUUUCACCCGAAGCGCAACCAAGCCCGCCAAAAGCUCGCUACCCUGCCCACCUCUCGCUUCAAGGAUCUCUCCAGCGAUGUCUACUACGAGCUCGCGCGGCGAUACCCAGAGUUCAAGGAAGAGACAGAGAAUCCACCCAGCCAAUCCCCCGGCUCCACCUACGACGACUAUCCCUCCCCCGACUUCCCCACGUCCCCCCGCUCAAACGGCCCCACCCCGCCUCCCAACCCCCGCCUCACCCGCACUUCCGACGAUCGCGAUCGCCCCGGCAGCAGCGGCACCCGCCGCCGUCCUAGCGAAGACGAUUUUGGCUCCUCUAACCGCCGCAGCGAAGACCCUUACGGCGGUGUCGGCGACGACGCACCCUUCCCCCCGUCCUCGCGUCGACGGCCCUCCGAAGACCUGCGCCAGGACCCCGCCGGCCGCCGCCCGAGCGCAGCCAGCGCGAGUGACUCGACCAGCACCACCAACGCCCAGAGCGCCACCGCCAAGAGCCAAAUGAUCAUCCCCAACAAGAGCACCAUCGCAGAGGAGGACAUCGAGGUCCCCUACGGCCGUGACGCGCGCGAGAGCGGCAGCACCGCCGGCGAGGAGCCCGACCCGGACGAUAUGGAGGGCGGCCUCAGCGCGCUCACCCGCCGCCUCGGCAGCGUCGACGAGGACGCGGGCGGGCGCAGUGGCGGCGACGACUAUUACGACAAGAUGUCAUUCGGGCGCGCGUCCGUCGCAUCCGAUCGCUCGCUCAAGAACGGCCGCGCGAGCGUCGGCGCAGGCGAGGAGCAUGAGAAGAUGCGCCGCGACUACGAGUUCAAGAUCGCCACCAUGCAGAGCCGCAUCGCCGGCCUCGAGCGCGAGGUCGAGGGCGCGGGCGAGAGGGAGCGCCACAGGACGGAGAGCGACGAGCGCGUUCAGCAGCUUGAGGCCGAACUCGGCGAGCUCAGGCGGCGCGCAGAGGAGCAGAGCGCCACGAUGCUUGCAAUCCAAAAGGAGCUCGCCGACGCGCGGGAGGACCACGAGCGCACGCGGGAGCGCGAGGCGCGCCGCGCGCGCGAAGACGAGGACGAGCUGCAAAUCCUGCGCGAGCGCUGCGAGCGGCUCGAGGACGAGCGCUGCGAGCGGCUCGAGGACGAGCGCGCGGGCGGCAUCGGCGGCGCCAAUCCCGAGAUCAUGGACCAGCUGCGCUCUGACAUGGAGGGCCUCCUCGCGGAGGUCUCUGACCUCUCGCGGCGCAACGACGAGCUGAUGACCUCGAAAGACUCAGACCUCGUUGUCAUCCGCGACAUGGACAUCCAGCUCAAGGACUACAAGCGCAAGUACGAGCAGGCCAAGACCGAGCUCCGGAGCCUCAAAGCCACCUCGCAGAUAUUCCUACAAACGCCCAAGUUCGACGAGCAGCUGCCCAUGUCGCAGGACGGCGGCAUCCCCGACAUCCACGUCACCGCCUUUUUGACCGCGAUCGACAACCUCCUCUCCGCCGGGCGGUCCAACGCCCCGACGCGCGUCCUCACGCCCAUGAAAGCCGUCGUGAACGCGGUUUCCGCCAUCGUCGAUGACGUCCGCGCGUACGAGCGCCGCCCGCGGCGGGACCGCGCCCCCGAGGCAGACCUCGAUCUGCUCCACGCGCUGCGCGAGCGCGCCGAGGCGACCCUUGGCAACCUCGUCGCCGCCUCCAAGACGCACGCCACCAGCUCCGGCCUGUCCCCUGUCAGCCUCCUCGACGCCGCCGCGAGCCACGUCUCGGCCGCGGUUACCGAGAUCGGCCGCGCGGUGUUCAUCCGCAGGGCGACUAAGCAGGAGCAGGAGCAGUACGCGCCCGCGCCUGCGCCAGCGUCCGCUUCGAACGGGUUCUCGCCCACUCUGCGCUCAGUCGAGGAAGCGAAGCCAGCGGCAUCCGCGCAGCGCGCGAGCUCGUCAUCGGCCUCGAACAGGCGCGUUGACCGCUCCGAGGAGGAGUACUACCCGCUGCAGCUCAACCUACUCCGCCAGCAACCGCCCGACUCGGCCGGGUCGCAGUCGGGGCGCACGCCGUUCUCGGGGCGCUCGUCGGGCGACGGCCGCUCCCGCAAGGCGUCGUCGGAGCGCUCGAGCUCCGCGGGCAGCUCACCGCCGCCGAUCUUUGACCGGGUGCCUACGGGGAGCACGACGGGCGUGCUCAGCGACGACUCGGCGGUCGCGGAGGGCUCCGAGGAUGCUUGGACGGAGCUCAAGCCCUAUCUCGAGGCGCAGACCGAGUCGAUCGUCUAUGCCAUCCAGAGCGUGCUGUCCGGCGUCCGCUCCCCGACGCCCUCGCCGACGCUCAACGAGAACCUCACGCAGAUCAUCACGAUCGUGUCCAGCAUCGUCGCCGUCUGCCACGACAACCUCCCGCCCGCGUCGGCGCAGCAGGGGAACGAUAUUUUGCACGAGCUCAGCGACCACGCGAACAAGCUCAGCGAGGUCCAGGCCAUGCCCGAGGUGACCAAGGAGUCGCGGCAGAUCAUGGCCAAGUCGAGCUUCGCCAUCGCCAACGCGAUGAAGGGACUGAUGAAGUUGUAG